AUGACAAUAAAAUCCCGCUACCAGGUCGACAUUCCGGCCGUCGACCUGUCCACUUAUCUCUUCCAGUCGCCCACAGCUACUCUUCCCGCUCGCAAGGCAUUUCUGGACGCGAUAAGCCCGGAGAAGUACUUCCUGACCUUUCCAGAGUUCCGGUUAUGGACGCAGCGCUUCGCGGCCGGUUUGCAGGCGGCAGGUUUCCAGCCGGGCGACCGGUUACUGCUCUUCUCCGGCAACACCAUCUUCUUCCCUGUGGUGCUGAUUGGCACCGUCAUGGCGGGCGGCAUCUUCACCGGUGCUAACCCGACGUACGUGGCGCGCGAGCUAGCCUACCAGUUGAAGGACUCCGGGGCGCGCUUCCUGAUCUGCUCGGAGCAGAGCAUGGCGACGGGUCUGGAGGCAGCGCGGAGCAUCGGCAUGGGCGAGGACCACAUCUUCGCCUUCGAUGACGGCUACGCAACAUUCGACGGCAAGGGCAAGGGCGUUGCCGGCACCGGUGUGCGGCACUGGAGCACGCUGCUAGCCUCGCCCGAGACAGGCGCCAGGUUCGCCUGGCAGAAGCUGACGGCGCCGGACGACCUGCACCGGACGGUGGUGCUGAACUACUCAUCGGGAACGACGGGCGUGCCCAAGGGGGUCGAGAUCACUCACCGCAACUACGUCGCCAACACGCACCAGACGCUCUCGUGGGCACGCAUGGACCCGGAAUUCGAGGAGCGCACCAACCGCGCGCGCUAUCUGGCCUUCGUGCCCUUCUACCACGCCAUGGGCCAGACCAUCUUCUGUGCACACGCACCGCUAGUCGGCAUCCCCGUGUAUGUCAUGCAGAAGUUCGACUUCACUCGCAUGCUCGAUUGCAUCCAGCGCCACCGCAUAACUGACCUCGGCCUCGUGCCGCCCGUCGUUGUCGCCCUCGCAAAGCAUCCCUCGGUCGCCAACUACGACCUCUCCAGCAUCGAGCGCAUCGGCUGCGGCGCCGCCCCGCUCAGCCGUGAGAUGUGCGUCGAGCUCGAGCGCCGCCUGUCGCCCGAUGGGCUCCGCGUCAACGUCAAGCAGGGCUGGGGCAUGACCGAGAUCACCUGCACGGCGACGGGCUGGCACCCGACGGCGCGGAGCGAGACCAGCUCUGUCGGCGAGCUCGCGCCCAACGUCGAAGCCAAGAUCGUGCCGGCCGACGGCUCGUCCGACGACGAGGUCCCGCGCAAGGAGCGCGGCGAGCUGUGGAUCCGCGCGCCCAACGUCAUGAAGGGCUACUGGAACAAGCCCGAAGCCACAGCUGAGACGCUGACGCCUGAUGGCUGGCUGAAGACGGGUGAUAUCGCGUAUGCCGAUGACGAGGGGUUCUUGUGGAUCGUCGACCGCAAGAAGGAGCUCAUCAAGGUCAAGGGCAACCAGGUCGCCCCCGCCGAGCUCGAGGCGUUGCUGCUGGAGAACGAGGGUUUGGCGGAUGCGGCGGUCGUGGGGGUUACGAUCAAGGGUGAGGAGGUGCCGCGGGCGUACGUCGUCAGGAGCGAGAAGGGGCAGGGGUUGACGGAGCAGGACGUCGUGGCAUUUAUGGAUGGGAGGGUGAGCAAGACUAAGAGGUUGGCGGGCGGGGUUAAGUUUGUCGACGCUAUCCCCAAGAAUCCGAGCGGGAAGAUAUUGCGGAAGCUAGUGAGAGACCAAGCGCAAGCAGAAGUGUCGAGAGAGGCGAAGCUAUGA